UAUUGUUAUCACACCACUCCUAUAGAUAAACUAGGUAUUGCUUGAUUCAGCCUUGAAAGUAACUUGAUCAUGGGGCGCUACGGCUCCCAUAUCAUCCUUGCGCUUGCUGCUUUCUUCCUUCAAAUCUCAUUCUUGUGUUGGGGUGCAACCUCUAGUCUUGGCUGCAUAGAAGCAGAGAGACUGGCUCUUCUGGAGUUCAAAGACAGCCUCGUCAAUGGCAGCCUGAAUCGGCUCUCUUCGUGGACAGGCAAAGAUUGCUGUACAUGGGAAGGAAUUGGCUGUAACAAUGACACCAGAAAUGUUAUCAAGCUUGACCUCCGCAAUCCGGUUCAUGCAGAUUCGAAUGGAUACUUCAUUGAAGUUUCCAAUCAAUUAAAAGCCAAAGCCGUCAACUCAUCUUUGUUGGAGUUGAAAUAUUUGGAGCACUUGGACUUGAGCUGGAACGAUUUCAUGGGAAGCCCUGUUCCCACUUUCUUUGGUUCAUUGCAAAGAUUACGAUAUCUUAAUCUGUCUAAUGCACGCUUCAAUGGAGUAGUUCCUGAUCAACUCGGUAUUCUCUCUAGGCUGCAUGAUCUUGAUCUUAGUAGCGGUCCAAGUGAAUAUGAUUUUCAGCUCUCAGUCCGUAACCUUCAAUGGGUUUCCCGUCUUUCAUCUUUGCGACGCCUCGACUUGAGCUGGGUGAAUCUUCAGAACGCCUCUGACUUGGUUCAGGUACUCAACAAGCUUCCCUUUUUGGUUCAUUUACGCUUGUCAUCGUGUGGUCUUGGAAAUCAUGUUGAUCUGUUCCAUGAUUAUGUUAAUUCCACGUUUCUUGAGCACUUUGAUGUUAGUGUAAACAAACUUCAAGGUCCUAUCCCUGAUAUUAUUCAGCACAUGAGCGCGCUCAAAUUCCUUGAUCUUUCAACCAAUAUACUUGAUUCUGCAAUUCCUCUGUGGUUGGCUGACCUGAAAAGCCUUGUGCAUCUCAAUCUUGGCUAUAAUAACUUAAGUGGUGAAAUCCCAAAUGCUUUGGGAAACCUUGCUCCUCUCCUAGUCCUAGACUUGUCUUUUAAUUCGUUUGUGGGAGGCAUACCAAGUUCUUUGUGGAAUCUUUGUAGCUUGAAAGUGUUAGAUUUAACCAUGAACAGAUUGAAUGAAACAAUACCAGACCCUUCUAAAGAUGCAUCUGGAUGCAUUGGAAGCAGUUUGGAGAAACUGAGUUUGAGAUGGAACAAGGUUAGAAGUCCUUUGCCCGAUUGGUUUUCGCAGUUUGAGAAUCUAAAAAUCCUUGAUCUUGCAAACAACUCAUUCUAUGGUCCGAUUCCAGCAUCAUAUGGAAGAUUGUCCAACUUGAGAAUGUUGGAUUUUUCUCACAAUCAUCUAAAUGGAACAGUUCCAGAAUCUUUUGGGCAACUUUCUUUGCUUGAGAAAUUACUCAUGUCCACCAAUUCCUUGCGAGGAACCAUGUCCGAACUCCACUUUGGUAACCUCUCAAGAUUAGAAGAAUUAGACAUUAGUGUCAACUCUCUGGUUCUGCAAGUAAAUCCUGACUGGGUGCCCCCAUUUCAACUCAAUUACAUAAACAUGAGGUCUUGCAUUAUUGGGCCUCAAUUUCCUGCUUGGCUUCAAAUGCAAAAAAGGAUUACCACAUUAUAUCUAUCUAACACAAGCAUCUCGGAUGUUCUGCCUCACUGGUUUCCCAACCUGAAAUUCUCCUAUUUGGACUUAUCCUUCAACCACAUCAGGGGCAGGCUGCCAACAUUUUUGAAGCCAGAUUCUGUCUACAUGAAUCUGUACUUGAGUUCAAACAAAAUCGAAGGCCCCCUGACAGCUUUUCCUUCUAUUCUGAACAGAUUGGAUCUCACUGACAACUUAAUAUCAGGUCCGAUUCCACAAGAUAUAGGCAACAUGACACCUACAUUGGACAAUUUACUCCUAUCUGGCAAUCAAAUAACUGGUUCUAUUCCAGAGUCAUUGUGCAAAAUAAAUACCCUGCGAGUUCUUGAUCUCUCAAAAAACAGGCUAUAUGGUGAUAUCCCAGAUUGCUGGAGCGAUUUCAAGAUUUUGGUUGUUCUAGAUUUUUCAGCCAACAAUUUUUCUGGGGUCAUCCCAAUCUCAUUAGGAAAUGCAACAUCAUUGCAGUCUUUGCACUUGAGCAAUAACACUCUCCAGGGAGAGCUGCCAUCAUCCUUGAGAAAUUGUACAAGCAUGGUUAUUUUAGACACUGGUGAAAAUGGAUUAUCUGGAAAUAUACCUAGAUGGAUUGGAGAGAACAUGUUGAGCCUUGAAAUUCUUCGCCUACGAUCAAAUAAGUUUGAUGGCACUAUUCCUUUAGAAAUCUGCCGCCUCGCUGAGCUUCAGGUACUUGACCUCGCGCACAAUAAUCUAUCAAGAACAAUUCCUACUUGUUUUGGCAAUUUAAGGGGCAUGACAACAGGGGUCAAGACAAGUGAUAUUGGUAUCUAUUUAUGGUCAACAACGUAUGGAGAAAACAUGGUUCAGUUCAUGAAAGGGAGACAACUUGAGUACACCAAGACGCUGAAGUACCUAAUUAACAUGGAUCUCUCGAGUAAUACACUGAUGGGAACCAUCCCAGAAGAGUUGGCAAUCCUUGUACGACUACGUGGCUUGAACUUGUCCAAUAAUCAGUUGACAGGGAAUAUGCCUGCCAUGAUUGGCAACAUAAGAUCAUUAGAAUCUCUGGACUUGUCUAGAAACCAGCUUUCUGGCUCAAUUCCACCAAGCAUGUCUGCCCUGACUUCUCUAAGCCAUUUGAACUUGUCCUACAACGACCUGUCAGGAAGAAUCCCAUCAGGCAAUCAGCUGCAAACCCUGGAUGAUCCUUCCAUUUACAUUGGAAACUCUGAACUAUGUGGCUUUCCGUUACCAAAGUGUGCAAGCGAUGAGCCACCUCCAUCUCCCAAAGAAGUUGAAGAUGAAGGAAAUGGAUCUGAAAUGAAAUGGUUUUACAUCUCUAUGUCUGCAGGGUACGUGACUGGGUUAUGGGGAGUUCUAGGUGUCAUGCUAUACAAGAAGAAUUGGAGAGAUGCAUAUUUCAACUUUGUGGAUGACGUCAAAGAGAAGACAAUCUCAGCAUUUAGGAAAAAGGAAGCCACACCAAGUAGAAGGUCCAGGAGCAACCACAUGGAAUGGAGCUGGUAAGCAUUCAGGAUGAAGAUCCAAGGUGAAGUAUUGGAGACAAGGUAUCAUCUAUCAAUGAGGUAGUAGCAGCUGUACUGAAAUUCCAAGUAAACAGAAAUGAAUGUAUUCCAGCAUCACAGUACAUAGAAAAGCAGUGUAUUGCCUGAUUUUGGGAGUGUUAAGGUCAAGUGGGCAAGUACCCGUUUUGCUGUC